AUGUGCAUCUUCGAUACCGAGGAAAUGCUUAUUCGAUGCGAUGACGUUCCCGUGCCGCUAUCUACGCUUCCACCCACAGCUCUCGGUGUGAAGGAGGACUGCUUCGCAGAUGGAGGGACUGGAAUCUCAAUGCGCCAUCAAAAUGUCGCAGACGCUUCGCUUCCCAGAUUUCCGAGCACUUCUCCUUCGAGGAAAUACAGAGCCCCUAUCUGGAGCGACAGUACCAGGCUAGUUGGAAACGGCGACCCGCAUCAGAACUAUCGCUACAUGCAGAUUAGUCAAAACAUAGCGUGCGGUACCGCCCCCUCCUUCUUCGUCGGCUACCAAAAUACCAAAUCCUUCACGACCAGCUGGCCCGCCUCCUCCGCAAACGUCUCCUGGAUCUCCGGCGGGUUCGCCGUGACUAAGACCUGGAGCACGGGCAACUCGUACACAUGUACCGCGGGGCGCCACGAGACGGUGUGUAUCUGGUGA